AUGUCGUCAUCGCCGUCCAACGUACUCCCGACGCAGGUCAAAGCUCUUACCUUCGACAUCUUCGGCACCGUCGUCGACUGGCGCUCCUCCGUCAUCGACGAGCUCAACACCCUCGCCGAAUCGAAACUGAGAGCGUCCACGGGAGAUGACACAACGCCGGAGACAGCCCAAGCCCGUGAGGUUCUGGGCCGCCUUACCCGCGAAGACUGGGCCCGGUUCGCCCAACAGUGGCGCGACAGCUACAAGCGUUUCACAGCAGGAUUCAUCCCCGGCACGACCCCGUGGAAGGACGUCGACGCCCAUCACCUCGACAGCCUGACCGUCUUACUGAGAGAAUGGGGCCUCGCCGCCGCGUUCCCGGAUCCGGAAGAGGUCCAACGCCUCAGCCGCGCGUGGCAUCGGCUACGACCGUGGCCGGAUAGUUCGGCCGGCUUACGCCUACUGGGGCGGCGGUUCAUCACCGCGACUCUAUCCAACGGGAAUACGUCUCUGCUCGAGGACCUCAACGAGUUCGGCGGGCUGGGGUUUGGUGCCAUCUUAUCGGCGGAGGACUUUAGGGCGUAUAAACCCAGCCGCGAGGUCUAUGACGGCGCGGUGCGGGAGCUCGGGCUCGAAAAUCCGAGAGAUGUGGCCAUGGUGGCAGCGCACUUGGGGGACUUGGCGGGGGCGAGGAGGGCGGGACUGAGGACGGUCUAUGUCGAGCGGCCGCAGGAGGAGGAUUGGCGAAAAGAUGAGGAACGGUACCAGCAGGCGAAGGAAUGGGUUGAUAUCUGGAUCCCCGAGGGCGAGGAUGGGUUUGUUGAGUUGGCUAGCAGACUUGGACUCACUUGA